CUGUCGGCUGUUCUCCACAGCUUUUGCUGUUGCUGCUGCAGUAAUACAGCUUGGCAGCACGCGGACCCUUGCUUGAUCUCGCGUGCUCGAGUUGCCGCUCAGGCUUUGCAUUUCAUCCAUAGUGUAGGCUAUAUAUGCUACGUUCUCAAGCGCGGGAUUUUCGCGGAUCGAUGGCUGGUCAAUUGCUGGGCUUCAUCCACGCUCGGACAUUCCGAUGACAAAUUGACUGCAGCACACUUGAACGUAAAAAUGCGAGAUUGUCAUCCUUAUCUCGUGUUCAUAGCUGCGUGCAACGCGUCGAUCCGGCCGAACUCUGGACGCGUUGAGAUGAGUCAUGUGACCGCUUUGGCACCAUGUGACGAGAUGUGUCGACCGAGCUUGCGCGAGACAGGAUACAGCAUACCAGGAACAUCCACUGCAACGAGGGCGGAAAUGACAACAGCGCAGAGCUGUCUGUGGCGCCGGCUGCCGAUUGUCCGUCCUUCAUUCUCAUCGGACCCAUUGGUCCGGGGCCUG